GCGGCGCGGGCGGCGGGUUCGCAGCAGAGGCGGGUGCCGCGGGCCGGGGCUGGAGGGCCAUCUGCUGAGGCGGUGGCCACAGCCCGAGACUUCACGCCCGGGCGUCGGCGCUGCUUUUGUGGGACUCGAGCGCGCGGCCAGGCAGGACGGAGGACAGCUGGGCGGCGGGAGCCGGGGGCCGGGGCGCGCCAGGUGGUUGAUUUGGAUGUGCUUCUAUGAAGAAAUGCCACGUGUCUCCUCUGGUCUGAGAACAAACAUGUCUAGGUUAUUGCCACCUUAGGGUACUAGGACUUGGUGACAGCCCUACCCAGAGAAUCAGGUGUGGUCUGAUCCAGGAACAAGAAGCACAUCAUCACCAAUGACAUCAUGACAGCAAGAGAGCACAGCCCUCGCCAUGGCGCCAGGGCCCGUGCGAUGCAGCGUGCUUCCACCAUCGAUGUGGCGGCCGACAUGCUGGGCCUCUCUCUGGCAGGAAAUAUACAAGAUCCAGAUGAGCCCAUUUUAGAAUUCAGCUUAGCUUGCAGUGAGCUGCAUACUCCAUCACUAGAUCGAAAACCAAAUAGUUUCGUAGCAGUGAGUGUGACCACGCCUCCUCAGGCGUUCUGGACGAAGCAUGCACAGACGGAGAUCAUUGAGGGAACCAACAAUCCUAUAUUUCUAAGCAGUAUUGCCUUCUUUCAAGACUCUCUCAUCAAUCAGAUGACACAAAUCAAACUAUCUGUGUAUGAUGUCAAAGAUAGAUCUCAGGGAACAAUGUAUUUACUGGGCUCUGGAACAUUCAUUGUCAAAGAUCUGCUCCAGGACAGGCAUCAUAGGUUGCAUUUAACACUAAGGUCUGCAGAGAGCGACCGCGUGGGUAACAUCACCGUGAUCGGCUGGCAGAUGGAGGAGAAGUCAGACCAACGGCCCCCCGUGACCCGGUCCCUGGACACUGUCAAUGGGAGGAUGGUUCUGCCCGUUGAUGAGAGUUUGACCGAGGCUUUGGGAAUCCGAUCCAAAUACGCUUCAUUGAGAAAAGACACUCUACUGAAAUCGGUGUUUGGCGGUGCCAUCUGCCGCAUGUACCGGUUCCCAACCACCGAUGGCAACCACCUGCGGAUCCUGGAGCAGAUGGCAGAGAGCGUGCUCUCCCUGCAAGUGCCACGACAGUUCGUGAAGCUCCUGCUGGAAGAAGACGCAGCCAGAGUGUGUGAGCUGGAGGAGUUGGGGGAGCUGUCCCCUUGCUGGGAGAGCCUCCGGCGCCAAAUUGUCACCCAGUACCAGACCAUUAUCCUCACGUACCAGGAGAAUCUGACCAACCUCCAUCAGUACAAAGGUCCCUCAUUUAAAGCAAGCAGCUUGAAAGCAGAUGAAAAGUUAGAAUUUGUUCCUACAAACUUGCACAUACAAAGGAUGAGAGUUCAAGACGAUGAAGGAUCAGAUCAGAACUAUGACAUCGUCACUAUUGGGGCACCAGCAGCACACUGCCAAGGUUUUAAGUCAGGAGGUCUCCGCAAAAAGCUGCACAAAUUUGAAGAGACCAAGAAACAUACAUCAUCUAGCUGUCAGUCCAUAAUCUACAUACCACAGGACAUCAUCAGAGCCAAGGAGAUCAUCGCCCAGAUCAACACCCUGAAAACCCAAGUUAGCUACUAUGCUGAGCGGCUCUCAAGGGCAGCCAAGGACAGGUCCGCCACUGGCCUUGAGAGGACACUUGCCAUCUUGGCAGACAAGACCCGGCAGCUGGUCACAGUCUGCGACUGCAAGCUGCUGGCCAACUCCAUCCACGGGCUGAAUGCUGCACGGCCUGACUACAUUGCCUCCAAGGCCUCCCCCACCUCAACUGAGGAGGAGCAGGUGAUGCUUAGGAAUGACCAGGACACCCUCAUGGCCAGGUGGACAGGCAGAAACAGCCGAUCUUCCCUGCAGGUGGACUGGCACGAGGAGGAGUGGGAGAAAGUGUGGCUAAACGUUGACAAGAGCCUGGAGUGCAUUAUUCAGCGGGUGGACAAGCUGCUGCAGAAGGAGCGUCUGCAUGGUGAGAGCUGUGAGGAUGUCUUCCCCUGUGCGGGCAGCUGCACCAGCAAGAAAGGUAACCGGGACAGCCAUGCCUACUGGAUCAGACCGGAGGACCCCUUGUGCGAUGCCCCUUCCUCGCCAUGCCCCUCCACCAUGCCCGCUGCUGCAUGCCAUCCUCACCUGACCACACAUUGCAGCCCCCCUCCUGAAGAGGCCAGCCCAGGUGAGUGGAGUGAGGCCCUUUACCCCCUGCUGACCACCCUCACAGACUGCGUAGCCAUGAUGAGCGACAAGGCCAAGAAGGCGAUGGUCUUCCUGCUCAUGCAGGACAGCGCUCCCACCAUAGCCACCUACCUGAGCCUGCAGUACCGCCGCGAUGUGGUCUUCUGCCAAACCCUGACUGCUCUCAUCUGUGGUUUCAUCAUCAAGCUGAGGAACUGCCUGCACGACGAUGGCUUCCUGCGGCAGCUCUACACCAUCGGGCUGCUGGCACAGUUUGAGAGCUUGCUGAGCACCUACGGUGAGGAGCUGGCAAUGCUGGAGGACAUGAGCCUUGGAAUCAUGGACUUGAGGAACGUGACCUUUAAAGUCACUCAGGCUACUUCUAAUGCGUCAACUGACAUGCUGCCCGUCAUCACAGGAAAUCGCGAUGGCUUUAAUGUGCGGAUCCCUCUGCCAGGCCCGCUGUUCGACGCUCUGCCCCGGGAGCUCCAGAGCGGCAUGCUGCUGCGCGUGCAGCCCGUCCUCUUCAAUGUGGGCAUCAACGAGCAGCAGACCCUGGCCGAGAGGUUUGGCGAUACAUCUUUACAAGAAGUCAUCAAUGUGGAGAGCUUGGUGCGGCUAAAUUCCUACUUUGAGCAGUUUAAGGAAGUCUUGCCUGAGGACUGUCUACCUCGAUCUCGAAGUCAGACGUGCCUGCCCGAGCUGCUGCGUUUUCUGGGUCAGAACGUGCAUGCCCGCAAGAAUAAGAAUGUCGACAUUCUCUGGCAAGCUGCUGAGAUCUGCCGCCGCCUUAAUGGGGUCCGGUUCACCAGCUGCAAGAGUGCCAAGGACCGCACGGCCAUGUCGGUGACACUGGAGCAGUGCCUGAUCCUGCAGCACGAGCACGGCAUGGCCCCGCAGGUGUUCACCCAGGCCCUGGAGUGCAUGCGCAGUGAGGGUUGUCGAAGAGAAAAUACAAUGAAGAAUGUUGGAAGUCGCAAAUAUGCAUUUAAUUCCCUGCAGCUGAAGGCUUUCCCCAAGCAUUACAGGCCUCCCGAAGGGACUUACGGAAAAGUUGAAACAUGAACACACGGUUUCCUCUAAUUAGCUGUCACGUAAUAAAUGUGGGUACCCUCUAGUGUCAUACAUGAAUUCUUCAAGAAGACCUGAAGGAUUGAUUUUUAUUUUUGUGUGUUUUUUAAAAAAUAUUUUACUAAAGAGUCUACACGGAGCAUGUUUUCCCCCCCAUUGGAACUGACAGGAUGUAAUGUUUGGCUCAAUAGCAUAGGUAACAACUGCCCAUCUAAAUAGAAUCAUCGAUAGUUACCUGUAAGAACUAUGCUAGGUUUGUUUGAAAUGCUAGAAGACUUUUUCAAAUGCCCACUUAAGGCACUGCUCAUUUAACUUAUUUUUCUAUGGAGUAACUCAAAAGUGAGCAUUGGAUUACAAUCUUUUUAAAAAUCUGAAUGUAAAAUAGUAAAUAACAUAUUAAAUAAUUAGAUCCUAGGCAGACCAAUAAGUGUUGAAUGUUAACUCACGUUUUGGGGAAAGAAGCUAGUCAGUACUCAUGCAGUCAGAGGAAUUGGUUCUAAUGAAUUAUUCUGUCUACACCAUAGCCCGAGAAAGCAGAAAUUGAAAGGUUGAUAAAUCAGCCUGAGACAAGACUUAGACAAUGACACCUGCAAACUAGCCCACACAAUCGGGCCACUCUUCUUCCUGUCCCUCAGGAGUUACAGAACAGGGUGUCUGCUUGAGAUAGAAAGCCAGCAGUAAGGUCCCUUGUACGUUGUCUCCUGUUCUCUCAAGCUUCGUGUCCAGCUCCCACCGUGCCCACAGGGCACGUCUCCCUCUCCGCUCUAGAUGCAGAGUUGUAUCAAUCGAGGGCCUCAAAUGUGGCACGUCUGAUGUCUGAGGAACAACACUCCAAUGAGGAGUUUGUGACUGUGGAGAUAGUGGAAACCUAACUGUUUUCAGAAUAAAUGUUCUUUUGCGGGAUUUCCAAUAUAUCUUCUUCUAAAAGACAGUAUAAUCAUGUUUGAAUGUCUGAUGAAAGUGUCUUAUUUUUAGGUUUGCAGUAAUUGUUCCACUAAUCAUUCUGUUAUGUAAGGUAGCUGUUGAGAAACAGUUGAAAUUAACUCCUCAAAUGAGAUCCUGAAAGGGAUUUAUGGGCCAUAAAUCUUAGAAAUUUCAUAGAAAAUUAUGUCUGGUCAUCUUUUACAAGAUGAUGAUGAAUCUUAUCUGCACAUAGCAGGUUUUUCUUAGGAGAUUAUAUGUUUUAUCGAUUCUGUUUAUCAUGAUUAUGUUUACAUGUUAUUUAAAAGGCUAUAAAAGAAUUAUAUGUGGCACAUACAAUAAUACUAAUGAUUUGUGAACUUCUUGGAAAUUCUUAUUUCCAAAAAUCUAGUUAUUAUUCUUUUGGCUUCUUUAGAAAUGCCACUUUGAAACGUAUAACAACACACUGGGGCCUGGGGUGCUGAGACACAGGCAGGACCACUCCUUGGCAGGGUCACAGAGGGGGCGGCCAUAAGGGGGUGGACAGCUGGGCUGUCCCCAUGCAGCUGGGCUCACUGUGGAGGGUGGGAGGCAAAGAAGCCUGCACAGGGGGCUGCUGCUGGUGUCAUUCUCCUCUUUAAGUGUCAAUCCCUGUUAAAAGAGUUUUCAAUAUGGCUGAUUUAGCUUUUCAUCUCUCCAUCGUUUCAUUUAAUUUGAAUUUUUUAGUUCCAUCUUUUCUCAUUUUAACAUCACUACCUUCUUUAAAAUUUCAUUGUUUUUUUAGAAUUAAAUGUUACCCAUAUUGUUUUCACAAUUUUUUUUUGUCUGAAGAGCAUUAAAUAUCUGCGUUUAUCAAAGGGAAUAUAGUAGAUGUGAGUCAUCUGUCAGCAAUUUUGCAUGUGGCACCUUUCUGUGAAUUAUUUUCCCAGUUUUCACUUUAUGUUAUGGGUCACUCUAAGGCUCUAAAACUCCAAGGCUUGGCUAAGUACGUAGACAAGACUCCAGUCUCAGUGCACUCUCUGGAGGUGGUGGCCCGGAGCAUUGCACAUGCCUGUGGGCCAAGGCCCGGUUGCACAGCCGUGGGGAGCAGCCCCUCACUUUCCGUAGGAGCUUGGAGUUUCAUAUGCAUAAGGAGGGUGGCUUUACAGGCUGCCAUGAAAUAGACAUUCCGUCCAGUGUUCCCCGUAAGGCCCCCCCAUUUAAAAAGAAAUGUUGAGAUAUGUGGAAAACUGGGAAUGUAAUGUGGAUUCUGUCAGAGCUCCUGAGCACAGUUGCCUUUAGUUUCCUUUAAAGAUGUAAAAAUAUUGUAUAAUACAGUUUUGUCCCUAUACAGUUGUAUUCGCCAAGCUUAGUGCAUUAAAAUACUUUUAUUUAUUUGUUUGGGGCAGUAUUAAUAUAUAUAAACACAUAGUACUGUUUUAUAUAUUCCUAGUUCAUUCAAAGCCAUGUAUGCUGUAAAAGUGCUAGUCUUUAGAAUGACAAAUAAUAAAUAACUGA